AAAAAAAGGAGAUAACAUGAAUUUAGAGAAUUAUCAUCCUAUGGAAUGUAGCCGGCGCGUUCUUCAAACCAAAGGGCAAGAAUUCAUAAUGCCCGUUUUCUGUGCUGAAUGCGGUUUUUUCGAUGUCGUUUUCAUGCAUCUGGAUCUAGUGGAAGCCACUAGCUAAAUCUAAGAUGGUGGAAUACUGGCAGCGUCCCGCCAAAAUUACUAUGGGGGCUCCGCCCAUAAGCAAAUUCACUACGGGGACUCAAGCUCCCAUUGCCCCCAAGGUUCCGGUGCCUGCUAUGCUCUAAUUGAACGUCUCAAGGAGCCCAAAGUGCUCAAAAUAUUCAUUUAUCUUAGUAGGCAAUGAAACUCUAGCUAGUUUUCCCCUCGUUCCUCGUUCAUAUUAUUAUGAUGAACCUAAAAACUUAUCUUAUAUUUAUUAGAAUCAUUAGUCACUUUUAAUUCUAAUUAAAAAAACAGCUGUCACAGAUAGCAAUAUUGAACAAAACAAUCUCCGAACAAAAACCCACUCGAUAAAGAUAAGAUAACCGCAAGUGAAAAUAUAAUUAUGACUGGCGCAAAAUGUAUUUGUUUGCUUUCUUACAUAGGUGAGCCCACAACGCGAAUAUGCCCCACCAUCACCAUCACCACAAAACUAAUCCAGCCCAAGCUAUUUUAGGUGGUAUAGCUGGAGGCCUAGCAGCAGGAGUAGCUGCCGGAGUAGUCAAAUCAAUGGUGGACGACAAACGGUCGGAAACGCACCACCAUUACUAUCACGAAGCUCCACCGCCGUCUUAUGCUGUAGCAUGUGGACCACCACCUCCAGGAAUCGUGUAUAAACCACCUUCUCCAAAAGUUUACAGGGCAUCUGGUUUGCCUCCUUCUACUAGCUACAAGCCUCCGCAAGUUUACAGGGCAUCCGGUUUGCCACCUGCAUCUUAUCCUUCGUGCCAUCAUUAUUCGUUCACUCAUGGUUGUUUAUUGUGCAGAAAAUGGAAUUGGGAUUCGUGUGCUGAUGUCGCAGUGCCUCCAAGAGGCUUGCCUCCCUGUCAGCACUAUCAACUCAAACACGGUUGCCAUUCUUGUUCCGGAUGGAGCUGGACACCUACUCCUUGUCCCAGGAAUAUGUACCCACAACUGCCACCUCAUGGGCCGCCGCCAUGUCAGCACAUGCAAAGGAUGCCCGGAUGUCAUCAUUGCCAGGGCUGGAAAUGGAACUAUUGAUGAAACUGGAUAAUACUGUUAAAUAAAUUAAAUAAAAAUAUUUUACUAUAGCAAUAUUUACUCAAUAAAUGAUUAAAAAAUUAUGUUUUGAUUUUGACUGGAGCAAGUUUUUUUGAACUUUUGAGGAC